AUGGCCGUACUAGAGCAGACUGGUCUAGCUAAACACAUUGUCAAUCUUUCGGCGCUUACUAUGGUACUAGCACAUUAUACUCCCAUACAUAUCUCGCAUUCCAGAAAACGAGGCGUCAGUCUUCCGAAAAUGAUCAUCGACCUGAACAAGAUUUUGCUUCUCCUAGCUGCUGUUGGGACGAUAAGCGCCAGUGAAGGCUUUGAGAAGCGUGUAAAGCGUGUAGGAACACCAGUGUCAAUACCAGAGCCAGCACGAGUACAGGCUGGAGAUGCGGAAGAGUCUAUAAAGACCACGCCCCCCGUAUACUUUCUCUGCGACCCUGUUAGGCAGAUAUGCGGCAAUGGUGGCCUCGUCACGUACAGAUGCUUGACAACUUGUAAUUCUUGGCAUGGUUGCGAACCCAACAUCGGCGAAGGAACAGCCUACUGCGGCGGCGAUUGA